GUGAAAGGCCGAGCGCUCCGCCAAUCGCACGCCUCUACGACGCUACGCCGCUUGCUACGAAAACUGUGCUACGAGGCUACGAGAAUUUUCAACUACAUACAAGAACAUUUUCUCUCUUGUGUUUUUUAAACAUCUCAUUAGGAUAUUUAUUAAGAGUAUCUUUUUCUGUGUUAAGAGAUGUUUCUAUGAAUGUGGUGUCUCUCCGCUGCUGCAGUAACUUUGAAAGAUUGUUUGGGACAAGUUGAGAUAGUUGAGGAACUAUUGUGGAUAAAAGUGCUAAGACGAGGAAAGCAGCUUUUACAAAUUGAAUAAUCCGCAAAAAAAAUGAACGAGUGUCGGAAGAAUGACGCCCUAGAAUACAUCCUUGCGAGAAAAAUGGCCUAUAAAAAGAUAACAGCGCAAGAAAACACCUUUGUUUCGCAAAUGAAGAAACGUCUGCACCGCAUUCUGUCUACACGUAGAGGCACGAACACGGCCGGGUUCACGAGGCUCGUGCGUGGCGCGUGAGCGGACGAUGUAGCGGCACCAUGGGGCAGGCCAACCUCACGAUGGGCAACUCCACCUCACUGGACGCCGCGGCGGGCCCCGAGGAGUACUGCGCGGCGGCGGACGAGCCCCAGUACCCGAGCAGCCUCGGCCUGGCGCUGGCCGUGCCGCAGUGGGAGGCCGUCGCCACCGCCGUGGUCCUCACGCUCAUCAUCCUCUCGACCAUCGUCGGGAACAUCCUCGUCAUCCUCAGCGUCUUCACCUACAAACCCCUGCGCAUCGUCCAGAACUUCUUCAUAGUCUCCCUCGCGGUUGCCGACCUCACCGUCGCCAUACUGGUGCUGCCGUUCAACGUCGCCUACUCCAUCCUCGGGCAGUGGGUGUUCGGCAUCUACGUGUGCAAGAUGUGGCUCACGUGCGACAUCAUGUGCUGCACCUCGUCAAUACUGAACCUGUGCGCCAUCGCCCUCGACCGGUACUGGGCCAUCACUGACCCCAUCAACUACGCGCAGAAGCGGACGCUCGAGCGAGUUCUGCUGAUGAUCGGCAUCGUGUGGGCGCUGUCGCUCAUCAUCAGCUCGCCGCCGCUGCUCGGUUGGAACGACUGGCCCGAGGUCUUCGAGACCGAUACGCCGUGCCGCCUCACCUCGCAGCCCGGCUUCGUCAUCUUCUCCUCCUCGGGAUCCUUUUACAUACCACUAGUUAUUAUGACCGUAGUUUAUUUCGAAAUUUACUUGGCCACCAAAAAGAGACUGAGGGACCGCGCCAAGGCAACUAAAAUCAGCACCAUAUCGAGCGGACAGAACCGUCCGGCCAAAGACAACGACCACCACGACCAAGACUCGGUGAGUUCGGAGGCGAACCACAACGAGCACCCGGCGGCCGCGCGCCUUGUGGCCGACCCGCCCAAGAAACCCAGAAAGGCGACGCCAAAGAAGAGACCGAAGAAGCGGUACUGGAGCAAGGACGACAAGUGCCACAACAAGUUGAUCAUUCCGAUCCUGUCGAACGACAACUCGGUGACGGACGCGGGCGAGGGGGAGGCGAGGCAGACGUCGUCGGAGAGCAACUCGAAGGAGGCGCAUGAAGAUGAGGUGAUCCUGCGCGAGGCGAAGCCGCCGCCGAAGCCGAAGAGACCAAAGCCGCCGCAGCAGAACAGCGUGUACCAGUUCAUCGAGGAGAAGCAGCGCAUCUCGCUGACCCGCGAGCGGCGCGCGGCGCGGACGCUCGGCAUCAUCAUGGGCGUGUUCGUGGUCUGCUGGCUGCCCUUCUUCGUCAUCUACCUCGUCAUCCCGUUCUGCGCCAGCUGCUGUCUCUCCAACAAGUUCAUCAAUUUCAUCACGUGGCUCGGCUACGUCAACUCGGCACUCAACCCACUCAUUUACACCAUCUUUAAUAUGGACUUCCGCAGAGCCUUCAAGAAGCUGCUCUGUAUGAAGCCCUGAGCGCGACGCGCCAAAGACUGCUCUGUAAAUUGCUUAGCGUUCGAAAGCCGCUGAUUUGCUCAAAUUAAUACAGUCAUCCAUCGUGAUUAUCUAGUCGUAAUACUCAUGUAAAUGUCUAAAUGGAUGUAUGUAAUGGUGUAGUUUUGUAUGUAGUCGUAAAUGUUAAAUUACGAUAGUAAAUUUCAAGUGUGUUAGUGAUUCUUAUAAUUUCAAAUGUACAGUUCUAAAGUUCGUGCAAAGCGCGGGAUGAUAUUGGUAUAGUGUAAAUAUUUAGUGAAACUAGUAUAAAUUUAUCGAAUCUAGUUAUCAACGAAUAAUAAAUUUAAAAAUUCCUAAUUCAAGUAAACUAUAUAAUGUAACAAACACGUAUUGUAUAUUAAAUACAGUGUAAAUAUAUGUUUUAAAAUAUUCCACUGUUCGGCAUUAUUUUGAAAAAGUAAAUCUUGUAGAAUAUUUAUUAUAGUAAGCUACAUUUAGAUUGUGGUAUUUAUUCAAAAGCGAGACAUUGUAUUUGUUUGAGAUAUCCCUUUAAAAUAAUUUGAGCCCUAUUUAAAAGGGAUAUUAAAACUAGGGCAGAUUUUUUAUGCAGUAUUAUUUAUAAAUAAAGAAUUACUGGACUGUUAA